AUGGCCUCGCACGCGGGGGCCUUCCCCCAAGGUCUGCCCUCCAAAGAACACAUAAACAAUGUCGUCCAGCGAAUCAGGCAUCUGCAGAGCCAGGGCGCGACGGCUGAGAACAACGCCGAGGUGCUCAAGCUCUCGCGUUACCUCCAACAAUUCCAACAAGGAUAUACGAACAACGUCCAGCCCGCCGCCGCCGCCAACGGCCAGAACGGGCACGCCGCCAACGGACCGCCCGCGCCGGGAUACAAUGCGCCGCCGUCGCCUGUGACGUUCACGGAGGAGCAGAUGAAGACGCUCAGGGCCCAGAUCGCGGCCUUCAAGCGGCUGUCCUCGGGUCUGCCGCUGCCGCCGGCACUGGCGCGGGUGGUGCAGAACCCGAAUACACCGAUCCCAGACUUGAACAAGCUGCUCUCGGCGCAGGACCCCGCCGCUCGCGUGGUCGACGCCGCCGUCAAGCUCGUCAAGGAGUCGGCAGCUGCCGAGAGCGACGAGCUGAGGAUCGAGGAUGCCGAGGGCGUCGAAUUGUUGGCCGAGGACGAGGGCGAGAACGCGCUCAAGCCGUACAACGCCUACACCCACCCGUUCACACACCUCAAGCGCAACGUCGGCGAGUCCAAACAGGCUUAUUUCGCAAGACUCCAGCGACUGUUGGUGCCGAGUGUCAUGCCCGCUGGCCUGGACCCCCAGUCCUUGCUAGCAGAACGCAGUCGCUUUAUAGAUGCCCGCAUCGCCCAGCGCGUUCAUGAACUCGAGGAACUGCCGGCGACGAUCCAGGACGGCGGUCUGGAGCCUCCCAUUCCUUCCGACGACGAGCCAUUGAGCUUGCAGUCGACCUCGCACGGCAAACUCCGCGCCCUCAUCGAGCUCAAGUCGCUCAAAGUCGUCAGCAAACAACGCGCCCUGCGUGAAGCCAUCGCUGAGCGUCUCGCACACGGCACUCUAUUGCCGCUCAACCGCUUGGACUUCCGCCGUAUUCGCAGGCCCGCGCUCAGGGAUGUUCACACGACUGAGCAGGCGGAGCGUAAACAGCGCGUCGACCGCGAACGUCGCGCAAAGCAGAAACACGUCGCACAGCUCGAUGCGCUCGCAGCUCAUGGACGCGAAGUUCUCCGUGUCAAUCGCGAGGCUACGGAUCGUGCUCGCAGGCUCGGCCGUGCUGUUCAGUCCUUCCAUGCUCUGGCCGAGAAGGAAGAGCAGAAGCGUGUGGAGAGGCUCGCGAAGGAGCGUUUGAAGGCGCUCAAGGCCGACGACGAGGAGGCGUACAUGAAGCUCAUCGACACGGCCAAGGACACCCGUAUUACGCACUUGCUCAAGCAGACCGACUCGUUCUUGGACUCUCUCGCUCACGCUGUCCGUGCACAACAGGCCGAGCCUGGAGGUCCGCCUGUGCCCAUGGCCACGGAAGGUGCUUCCGAAGAGAUGUUCGGUGCCACGCGGAGCGCCGAGGAUGCUGCUGAGGAUCGCGGCAAGGUCGACUACUACGCUGUGGCGCAUCGGAUCAAGGAGAGCGUCUAUCAGCCGAGUAUCCUCGUCGGAGGCACGCUCAAGGAGUACCAGCUCAAGGGUCUCCAAUGGAUGGUCUCGCUCUACAACAACAAGCUCAACGGUAUCUUGGCCGACGAGAUGGGUCUCGGCAAGACGAUCCAGACUAUCUCGCUCAUCACGUACCUCAUCGAGGCCAAACGCCAGCGCGGACCGUACCUCGUUAUCGUCCCGCUUUCGACGAUGACGAACUGGAGUGGCGAGUUCGCGAAGUGGGCGCCGGGCGUGAAGGUCAUCUCGUACAAGGGAAGCCCGAUGGUUAGGAAGGACCUGCAGAAUGAUAUCCGGAUGGGGGAUUUCCAGGUACUGCUCACGACGUAUGAGUACAUUAUCAAGGACCGCCCGGCGCUCUGCAGGAUGAAGUGGGUGCACAUGAUCAUCGACGAGGGUCACCGUCUCAAGAACGCGCAAUCCAAACUCGCCCAGACGCUCACAACCUACUACCACUCCCGCUACCGCCUCAUUCUCACGGGUACCCCGCUGCAGAACAACCUCCCCGAGCUCUGGGCCCAGCUCAACUUCGUCCUCCCCAAGAUCUUCAACUCGGUCAAAUCGUUCGACGAAUGGUUCAACACGCCCUUCGCCAACUCCGGCACGGGCGACAAGAUCGAGCUGAACGAAGAAGAGGCGCUCCUCAUCAUCCGCCGCCUGCACAAGGUGCUGCGCCCCUUCCUGCUGCGCCGCCUGAAGAAGGACGUCGAGAGCGAGCUGCCGGACAAGGUCGAGAAGGUCGUGAAGGUCCGCAUGAGCGCGCUGCAGGCGCAGCUGUACAAGCAGAUGAAGAAGUUCAAGAUGAUCGCGGACGGGGGCGCGUCGGGGAAGAAGAAUGCUGGCGUGAAGGGUCUGAGCAACGAGCUGAUGCAGCUUAGGAAGAUCUGUCAGCAUCCGUAUUUGUUUGAGAGCGUGGAGGAUAAGAUGAAUCCGAGCGGGAUGAUCGAUCAGAGUCUGGUCAGGACGAGCGGGAAGCUUGAGUUACUCUCGCGUAUCCUGCCGAAGUUCUUCGCCACGGGCCAUCGCGUCCUCAUCUUCUUCCAAAUGACGAAAGUGAUGGACAUCAUGGAAGACUUCCUCAAGAUGAUGAACUGGAAGUACCUCCGUCUCGACGGCGGGACCAAGACCGAGGAGCGCGCGGGACACGUCACGGCGUUCAACGCGAAGGACUCGGAGAUUAUGGUCUUUAUCCUUUCGACGCGCGCUGGUGGUUUGGGUCUGAACUUGCAGACGGCCGAUACGGUUAUUAUCUUUGACUCUGACUGGAACCCGCACGCGGACUUGCAAGCCCAAGAUCGCGCGCAUCGUAUCGGCCAGACCAAAGCCGUCCGCAUCCUGCGCUUCAUCACGGAAAAGUCCGUCGAGGAAGCGAUGUACGCCCGUGCGCGAUACAAGCUCGAUAUCGACGACAAGGUCAUUCAGGCCGGUCGUUUCGAUAACAAGAGUACGCAAGAGGAGCAGGAGGAGUUCCUGCGCUCGAUCCUCGAGGCAGACCAGGAGGAGGAUAACGAGGAGUCGGGCGAUAUGAACGACGACGAGCUCAACGAGCUCAUCGCGCGCUCGGACGAGGAACAGAAGAUCUUCGCUGAGAUGGACGCCCAGCGCGAACGCGACGCAGCAGCGGACUGGAAAGCCAAGGGCAACCGCGGCAAACCGCCGCCGGGUCUUAUGGCGCUCGAAGAGCUGCCUGAGAUCUAUAGGUCCGAGGAGCCGUUCGCGGGCCAGGAGGACGAGAUUGCUGAGACGGAGGGACGCGGGGCGAGGAAGCGCGCUGUGGUUAACUAUACCGACAACCUCGACGACGACCAGUGGGCAAUGGCUAUCGAAGACGGCGAGGAUAUCGAGGCGCUUGCUGAGAGCGCACGUGCACGGCGUCGUCGGGCCGACGCGAGCGGCACGGCAACGCCCGUCGGUGAUGGGCCGAAGGGCCGGGGCCGCAAGAAGAAGGGCCCCCUCAACGGUCUUGGUCUCGACGAUGUCCCUACGCCUUCCAAGCGCAAACGCGGCGGCAAUGGUGGCGUGAGCAUGACGCCCUCUAUUGCCGGCGGGGACGACGACGACGAAGAGGCCGGCGGAUCACGUCCGAGCGCUAAGCGCAGGAGGACGGGCACGCAGCAGAAGGGCCCUGAGCUUACGCCGGCGGUGAAGGAGAAGAUGAAGAAGGCAUUCAAUGAGGUUUAUAAGGCACUUAUGAACUGUACGGAUGAGACUGGGCGGAAGAGGUGUGAGCUGUUCAGGGAGUUGCCUGAUCGCAGGGAAUACCCCGACUACUACCGCCUCAUCGUCCAGCCCAUCGCCCUCUCCCAGAUUCGCAAACGCAUCUCCUCGCACACCUACAAGUCAGCGCAACACUUCCGGGACGACGUCUCGCUCAUGUUCGUCAACGCGCGAACGUACAACCAGGAGGACAGCUGGGUGUACGUCGAUGCCGUCGAGAUGGAGAAGGUGUUCGAGGCGACGUUCGCGAGGGUGCUUGCUGCGAACCCUGACAUUCCUGGCGCGCCGGGGUACGGGAUGCAAGCGCCGAACGGGGGAAUGGACGAUGCGUUAACGCCGAUGGCGGAGGAUGAGCCUGGACCGAGCGUCAGGCCCGGAAUGAGGAAGAGUAAUUCGAGGAGGGUGGUCAGCGAUGAGGAAUAUCUUACGCAGUCGGACGAGGAUUAG